UUUUUGCGUAUAGAUGUCGUCAACAAUGGUCGUUGAAGAACCCAAGCAUAAUCUUACUACCAAAGGCGAAGAUGCUCCGGAGUGCAGAUAUUUCUCUCUCAGACCACCGUGUCUUCAACGCUUCGCACGGCCGGCCUUCUUCGUUGUCGUUGCCAGCAUGUUCUACUUCGCCGAUACUUUUGUGGUCGGGGUGAUCCAGGGAACGGUAACCACCACUGAACAUCGGUAUCAGUUCAGCCUCAGUCAGGUGGGCUUGUUAUUAUCAGCCUUUUGUGUAGGCGGAGUCAUUGGAAACGUGUGCCUGAUCUUGUUCUUCAGUAAGCCGGACACUAAUCGACCCCGCCUAUUGGGAAUUUGUUCCCUGAUGAGUGGUCUUGCGGUUGCUACAGAAACCAUCCCACAAUUCAUUCAAGAUCCAUACGUUCCUGAAGGGUUCGAGACUGGCAACGACACAGCAAAUGCGUUUCAGCAGAUAAAGAUGCUGUGCAUGGGAGAGCAGACGGAGGCAGAGCACUGCACUGAUGACCAGAUGGCUGAGAACGUGUCUCCCAAUCUGGUUGCUUUCUACAUUAUGCUGUUAAGCACUUUACUUCAAGGUGCAUGUGUCAUGAUCAUCGCUCCAACAGUGCAAACAUACAUCUCUGAAAAUACAACUCCAAGAAGUACAGCCUUUUAUAUAGGUGUCUGGGGUGCUGUGAGUGGCUUGUCACCAGUGGCAGGAAUCUUCGUGGCUGCGGCAUCUCUUGGUCUGUGGGUGGACUUCUACAGAAUCCCCUCCUCAGCAUUGCCCGUGUCUCCCAGUGACCGAGCGUGGGUGGGAGCCUGGUGGCUGGGCUACCUCCUUGCUGCCGUCUUGUACAUGUUACCAGCGUUGCCUUUCUUUGGAUUUCCCAAAUUGAUGAGACACUCCCGUACCUACGUGGACGGCAGGGAACUUGUCAAUGGAGAUGAAGGUGACCGAGAAAACGAGAGUAGGACACAGUUCCCCAAAAGAAAGACGCUAAGAGGUACUUUGUUGACGUUGUGGAAGGUGUUGAAAAACCGUGACUGCAUGCUGACGUGCCUGUCGCAAGCUGGGGCGGUCCUCAUUGUGUAUGGAUAUGGUCUCUUUGUUCCUAAGUACCUGGAGGUUCAGUUCGAGGUGGAAACCCGACUUGCCGACCUUCUGACAGGUUGUCUUCUAGCUCCUGCAUACGCCAUCGGUUACAUGCUGGCUGGUUCCCUGGUCAAACGAUUUAAUAUUCAAUACCGAGGCCUAGUAUCCCUCUCGUGCGUCGCACUGGCUCUCUGCGUCGCUGGCUUCACGGCGAAUUUGUUCAUUGGCUGCUCUAAUAGGAAUGUUGCCGGUGUCUUCACGCCAAACAAAGGACAAAGCCACCUUGAUUUAAGGGCGCCCUGCAACUCGGACUGCGCAUGCUCUUUGUCUGUGUACUCACCUGUAUGCGAUGGCCAUGGAACCACCUAUUUCUCAGCGUGUCACGCAGGAUGUAAACUCGUCACUGAGCAGGAAUAUGGAGAUUGUUCAUGCUCAGCCGCUGGACCAACCAACACAACUAUGGACCCCCACACAUCUGGCACACUUCUGACCGUUGAGGGCGCUUGUGACAGUCACUGCAUGUCCAGUGCACUAUACCUGGCUGUGCUGACCACUGUUUUCUUGCUUGCUCAAUUUGCUCAGCUCAUGCGUUUGAAUGUCGUCAUUCGAUGCGUUUCAUCAGAAGAUAGACCGGUGGCUCUGGGAAUCCUAAAUGUUGCAGGUCUGAUCGCUACUCUCCCGGCUAGUUAUGUGUUUGGCGCCCUCAUCGACUCCGCCUGCGUGGUAUGGCAACAAACGUGCUACGGCCAAGGAGCGUGCCUUCUUUACGACACGGUCUGGUACCGUUUCACCUUCAACGGCGUGGCACUGGGAGUUGGGAUCCUAUGUCUCGGCUCCAUGCUCAUUGUAUGGAAGUUUCCUUCGUACACAGAUAAAGAGACCUAUGCUGUCGUGAAAGAGGAGGACGAUAGCAUCUGAGUGGAAAUCUCGCAAGGAACCUAAAUUUUAAAAAGGAGAUAUCUUGGCAAACGGAAACACUUUCAAUCCAUCCUCUUAUUCUGGCUUUGUUGAUUGGCUCUAAACCCGACUUUUUAAAUCGAGCUAUAUUCAAUCUUUCAUUCACAUUAUUAUUGGGAACUAUUAAAACAACUAUUUCUGUAUCUUUUUUUCAAAUGAUUCAAUCCUAAAUUAAGGUUUAAGAUGACUUUUACACAAUCCUCCAUAAUAUCAGAAUUGUUUAAUUUUUGUUUGAUUUAGACAAUGACGCAAAUGAAUAUUCUGUUCUUAUUUCAUAGUUUAAUCGAAUCAAAAAUGAAGCAAAAUGUAUCAUCUCUAUGUGUGAUACAUAACCCUUCUUUUGACUAGGUCCCCAUGCAUGAUGCUAUGAAGGCGACUUUGAUGGUGAUUGUUGAACUUACUGCAAUUUCAGUGGGCGGCAGAUCUAUAAUUUGUCAAGGGGAACCCAAAUAACUUCGCACAGUUUCGGCAAAAAGAUUUGUUGAAAACGAUGUUCAUUUAGCCUACAACUGAAGCGCCAUGGGGCAGUCCGUGCACACAUUGUCAACGAAAAACUCCGGGGUACGGUACGUAAAAACCCCUGUAUUGCAAGUGAAACUUGGUGGCGCUGUUCUGUAUAUAUCGAUACUACAUUGCUGAAUUUUAUAUAUAAAUAUAUUACGCGUAUGCAUUAUUAAUCACCCGUAAAAGGUAAUCUAAAUAUUGAGUUGU